AUGGAUCCUCCAGAUCUUCCGGGAUUCUACUACGAUCGCGAGCGAAAGAGAUACUUCAAGAUCCAGCCUGGCUACAAGCUUCCGGUUGGUGCCAAAUAUUCUACAGACGCUGUGAAGCGCGAACAAGCCGAAACAAAUAAACGUAAGCGUGAAGAAGAGCAUGAGGCUCGUGUGCGAACACAAACCGUCAAACGCUCCUUCAUCUUGCCACAUGCAGGUGCAUGGAACUUGAAGCUUGAGAGUUACGGCCUGAAAGCCGAUCCAAGCGCACAUGCAAAAGCUUUGGCAAGCGGCUUUGAAACAAGCACGUUUGUGAACCCGAGGGUUCAGUGGGCUGCUGAAACCUCUCGUGAAAUCGCAGUCCGGUGUUUCGACUAUGACGCAGAAACGAGGACACUCAUCACCGGGGUCGAAGAUAAGCAUCAUAUGCUACUCAGUACUUUCGUCGACCCGAACCUAAGCUCCAGGCGGAUUGUGCCAAAAUGGCACCAACGAGACUUCCAGGUCUUAAGCUCCACCAUCAGUUCGGUACACAUCACGCCACGCCGCCGAGUUGUUGUCACUACACGAGGCUCGAGCUCUCCUGCAGACAUCCAGAUAUCGUCUCUGCGGAAUCAGGAGUCUGUCUUGGAUCGCGUAUAUAUGGACUCUACCGUCAACUUGAGGCCAAACUCUCACACAACAAUCUUCACGAGUGCGCCCAAUCCCUUUCAAUCCGGUCAGGAAAUCAUAGCGGUGGGCACUCUGGGCUCUGUCAUUCGUUUAGAAGAAGGACCCUCCAGCUGGGGUGGCAAAACAGCGUUUGAGAAAGGGCCUGAGAACCGACCCGACGCUGCUCUGUCUUUGGAGUGGCUAUCACCUUACUCUCUUUCAGCCGGCUUUCGAUCAGGAGAUAUUGUGCUCUACGAUACAAGAAGCAGAGGCUACCGGACAAGGCUGAAGCAUCUAUCUUCAGCGAUUGGCAUCAAGCGCGGAGAGCAUGAGACGCAGCUUGCUGUUGCUGGUCUGAAGAGCACACUGUGCUUGUAUGACGUGCGCAUGAUCAAGGACCACAAAACUACCAGGCCUGUUUUCCGGUUCAAAGACUACGAGAACGCCUACACGGAGGCAUCUGGUUUUGACGUUCAUCAAAUGUCUGGGCUCGUUGCCGCAGCGCAGGAGAACGGGUACGUGCAGCUCUAUUCGCUGAAAAACGGUUCCAAGAUCAGGCGGCUGCGAGCUCCCGGGCUGUAUGAAGCGGGAUACGACCCAAAGGCACGGAACAGGGUCUCUUGUCUAAGCCGCGGGUCUCGAGCCAUGGCGGACCUGCAGGAGCUCUUCGCUCGGCUGAAAAGCCCCUCGAACCCUGCCAGCUCGCCCGGCGCCUCGCAGUCCAGCGCCAACGCAAACACUUACCACCAGCCGACCGUCUCGUCGCCCAUCUUCUCACCCCAGCCCGGCGGCCCGCAACCUCACCACCCGUCGGCCAUCGUGAGCCCGAACACAUCGGCCAUGGGCACUCCUGCUCCGGACCCCUCUAGCACCGAUCGCACCGCCAGCCUGCUGAACUUGCUGAAAUUCAACCAGCCCAGCGCCCCGUCGCCUCAAAUUCACGACACGGGGGCCGAGCGUCGCCCAUCGAACAACACAUUCCAGCACCCGGAGCACCCGCCCCAGCAGCCCACCCACAGUCGUGGCAUUUCUGCCUCCGACCUGGUUGCGUCGUUCAUGCGGAAGCCUCAGUCGCCUGCGGCCAUUGCCCAGCCUGCGCCCACCAGGCCCGAGUUCCGUUCGGACGCUGCCUCGUCCGAGAACCCUCAGGACUUGCUGCUCAGGCUUCUCAACCACCCGAAGCCUCCUCAGAACGACUCGCCCGCCGUGCCUCCGCAGAACAUUGAAAGAGAUGUCUCGGAGAGCAGGGUCGACGAUCUCGCUCGCGAUUUUGCCGAUGCGACGCUUGAGGCUCCCAGCUAUCCAGCCGAAAUGCAAGCUGUGCCUCCCAUGCACGCAUUCGGCAGUGGCUCUCAACCACCAGCAUCUCAGUCCACCAACUCCAAGACGCUGUUCACCUACGUCAACCCCUUCGAGCAGCUCUCGGCCUCGUCGCCGCGCAACCGUACGCCUAAGCCCGAGUCGCGCACUCACACGCCCAAGGUUGAGAUUUUGAAGCACGGUCGCGAGAGCUCCCCCAACCCCGGCCCUGCUUCGAAGACGCGCAAGCUUUCUGGUGCUGACUCCGCCGGCUCCGCUCGCGAGCCUGAAACCGUGGCUGAUGCCGUUGCUGAGGUCGCUCUGGCCGUCGAUAAGCAGGUGGAGGAAGCUCUUGCCGGCGUGGACAAGGAGACUAAGGACACCAAUGGCAAGCAAGCGCUCGAGGAGACUAUUGAUCAGAAGGAGCUGGCAAAGGCCGUCCACGAAGUUGCCGUGGACGCCAAGGAGCACCUCGCUGACAAGGAAACGCGUCGCGAGUUUGAAGAGAGCAUGCCUAAGGAGAUAGCUAAGGCCAUUGAAGAUGUCGUCGAGGACGUUGCUCAAGAGAAGGUUGCUGAUAGCUGGGAGAGUGCUGAAGACAGCCCUGGAAAGGACGACAACGCUGUCGUUGUCUUCAACUUCCCCAUGCGGCCUUUCGUCUCCAUCGAGCUCAAGAAGCUCAAGGAGCCUCCGCUGCCUAUUCGCCAGGACAACAUCAUGGAUAUCGCUCGCCUGAAGAAGGAUUUCGACCAGAUUGACCGCAACUUGGUCACCGUGUCGAAGACCUUCAUUGCUUAUGCGCUGUCCAAACAUGGUGGCUUCCGCCUUAUUCGCCAGGACACCGGCAAGUAUAAGCAGGUUUUUAACACCACCAAAGAGCGCAUCUUCAAUCUGCAGCUCUGCACUGGCCCACCUCUUUCAUCUUCACAUGAUGCUGAGACUAUCCUCGCUACCGGCGUUGACGGCUCCGUCUUCUGGACUACUGUCGCCGGCCACAGUGACACUUAUGCCGAGGAAAACUUGGAAGAGCAGGGCUUCAUCUUCCCCCCUGUCCCCGCUCAAGAUGACAACACAUCAGGCGGCCAGCUCAAGACUCGUGCCAAGAAGAGCUCUCGCCAUCCGGAGUUCUUCGGUAUCGGCCGUGGCAAGUCGAUCUAUCUCGUCUGGCCUCACGCCGCCCGCCAGGCCGAGUACACUGACUCGAAGACACGUGUCUGCGACAGCGAGAGGUACCUUCACCACCGCUGCCUGAGGAUCGUCACUGGAAAGGCCGGCAAGGACUUUGCUUUCAGCGAAGACGAUACCGUUAUCGCGUCCCUGGAUAAGGCUGGAAGGCUGCGCUUCUGGGACAUUCGCGAGUUGAUCGCCGAGGGAACUGCUCCCAAUGUCGGACGCAUUCCCGCAAAGGAAGUCCGCAACCCGAUUAUGCAGCUCAACACUGUUGCUGCCGGCGACAAGUCUUGGCCCACCUCCGUUCUUUUCUUAGAUAAGGAGCGCCCUUGCGUGAAGGGUAUUGCCUUGAGGUACCUUAUCGUCGGUCUGAAGCAGAACCACACUCUCCAAUUGUGGGAUCUUGGACUUCAGAAGCCCGUCCAGGAGAUUAACUUCCCGCAUGAGAACGAAUCCGACGCCAUCUGCAGCGUCGCUUACCACCCCAGGACUGGCAUUUUGGCUGUUGGACACCCAACAAGGAACUCCAUCUACUUCAUCCACCUGUCCGCUCCGAGGUACAACCUGCCCGCCAUGUCGCAGGCUAAGUUUAUCGGCCGCCUUGCGGAUAAGGAUUCCGAACUCCCCAGGCCUGAGUCCACUGCCAUCAUGAGUGGUAUUCGUGAGUACUCUUUCGCGUCGAAGGGUCAGCUGCGCAGCUUGGAAAUGUUGCAGGAGCCUGCCGCUUCGCCCGAGAGCUACGCUCCCGAUGAGGCACCUCUCUUCGAGCUCUAUGUCAUGCACUCCAAGGGUGUGACUUGUCUCGGUAUCCGCAAGGAGGAUCUUGGCUGGAGCAAGGAGAGCAAGGUGCUUCACCCCAUUGACGCGGAAUCCACUGGCAGCAUUAACAUCAAUCCCAUCCGCCUCUUGGCAUUGACUGAAGGAACCAGCACCACUGAGUCUUCGGCCAACGGUGAGGCACAGCAGAGCACGCAGAGCAGCCGCUCUCGUCCUACUCCUAGGGAAUUGGUUAAGAAGGAGCCAGCUAGCAGCAGGUCUCGUGCCACUUCUCAAGCACCCGAGACUGCAUCCAUGAUUGCUUCGACACUCGAGAGAGUUGAGAAUCAGCAGGACGCCGCUAGGGCGGCUAUCAUCAACGGUAGCGAGAAGACGGAGAAGAAAAAGAAGAAGAAGGGUGGUGCUGCAGCUACCGACACAGCUUCCCAGGUUUCGAGCGCAACCAAAGCUACGUCUACCAUUCCGGCUGCGGUUUCGUACGCCAAUGUUGCUCAGCGCGCGAAGACACCUCCGCCUGAGCCUGUGAAGGCUGUCGAGGACAAGAAGGUUCCUGAGUCUGAAGUGCCUGCGUGGGCUACCCGCCUUCUGGGCCAGGUGCAGGCUUCAGGUGCUGCUCCAUCUGCCGGUGCCAACAUUGACUCUGAGUCUUUCAAGGCUCUCGAGACGAACGUGUCUGCUGAGUUCAACAAGACUUUCACCAAGGAGUUGGAGUCCCUCUACCGUCGUCUUGACGAUGACAAGCGCGUUCAGGAAGCUGCCGGUGCUGCCAAGAUGGAUGCGGUUCUGCGCUUGGUGUCUAGCACCCUCACCGAGAACGUCGAGAAGAGCAUGUCGCGCAUCGUCACUCAGAACCUUCAGAAGAUCAUUCUUCCCUCCUUGAGUGAUCUUGUGGGCGCCACUAUCGAGCGCCGUCUUACUGAGAUUCUUGCUACCUCGGUCCAGUCAUCCAUUCCUCGCGAGGUCAAGCAGACGCUUCCUCAUGCUGUCAACUUGGCUUUCAAGGAUCCCGAGACUAUGCGCCACAUCUCUGAAAUGGUCUCCAACAAGACCACUGCUCACAUUGAUCAGCAACUGACGCAUGUCCUUCGCAACACGAUUGGCUCGUCCGUUCAGAACAUCACGGUCAAUGCCGUACAGCAGAUGGCUGCGGAUAUGGAGCGUCGCAUGGCUGAACAGGUCCGCCAAGCCGAGGUGCAGCGCCAGCGUGAUGCCGCAAAGAUCGAUCAGCUCACCAACCUGGUGACCGGUCUCAGCGAGACCAUUGCCUCGAUGUCAGCUGCUCAGGCCAGCUUCCAGGAAGAGAUUCUGAAACUCCAGAGGCAGACCGUCCGCAGCGAGGGCUCUGCUAGGGCCCCGUCGACUGCCCAGUCUGCUUCUUCCAGCGUCAAGAAGAGCGAGGCGGAGCUAGAGCAGGAACAGAUUACGCGCUUGAUGUCUGAUGGCCAGUAUGAGGAGGGCACGAUCAUGUGGCUUCAAUCUCCCCGUCAGACUCAGCUUUUCGAUAACCUGUUUGUGAGGUGCAACCCGGCCUACAUCGGGAGCCUGACUCCCCUUGUGGCCCUUAGCGUUUCGGCCGCUGUGAGCUCUUCGCUGGAGACCAACACGGCCGAGCGCCUGAUGUGGCUCGACGCUGUCUUCGCCUCCAUCGACCCUACCGAUCCGGAUAUCAGGGAAGUUGCGCCGAAGAUCAUGGAUGUCCUUUCCUCUCGUCUCCAGGCUGCGUACAUGCAGAUUGCUGAGAAGAACCCCGGCGAUCCUGUGCUGAGGAGAAUUUCCAUGCUCUCUCGUCGCGCCCAGGAGUUGAAGGCCGCCUCUACUUGA